CUGACCAGGGCUGCAUGUUUUUUAAUUUUAUUUCCUAUUUUAGUUUAUGUUUUAAAGGUUUAAGAAACAUAAAUUUGUGACUCUGCAACUUCUGUGGAAUGAAAUUAUUGGUGGUUGGUAUUUCAGGUAGUCCAUUGUCUUGAAUAAUUCCCACUUUAGGAUAUUUUGUAAUUUUAAAAAAAAUAGAUACUUCAUGUAUUAGGUCUUUAUCAUCUCUUUUAUAUUGUAAGUAAAUCACCUCUUACCAUUUAUAUGGUAAGUAAUUUUGACUUUGGGAUCACAUGUCAGUGAUAGAUUACUUUUGAAAUGGGUUAUACUUAUCACUUAUCCUGUGACUCUGAAAUACUUUAGAAACAAACGAUACUAAAUUUAUUUUUCAUUUUAUUUUGUGUUUCAGAGUCUCUCUUGAUUUUGGAAGAAAUACCUGGUAACAAACAUGACUGAGUUCUGGCUUAUAUCAGCUCCUGGGGAGAAAACAUGUCAACAAACAUGGGAGAAAUUGCAUGCGGCAACUACAAAGAACAAUAAUCUUGCUGUUAGUUCAAAGUUCAACAUUCCUGACUUAAAGGUUGGCACACUGGAUGUCUUGGUUGGUUUGUCGGAUGAACUGGCUAAACUGGAUGCAUUUGUAGAAGGGGUGGUUAAGAAAGUGGCUCAAUAUAUGGCUGACGUAUUGGAGGACAGUAAAGAUAAAGUUCAGGAGAAUCUGUUGGCAAAUGGAGUCGACUUGGUUACUUAUAUAACAAGGUUUCAGUGGGACAUGGCUAAAUAUCCAAUCAAGCAGUCUCUGAAAAAUAUUUCUGAAAUCAUUGCCAAGGGAGUGACUCAGAUCGACAAUGACCUGAAAUCUCGAGCAUCCGCAUAUAAUAACCUGAAAGGGAAUCUUCAGAAUUUGGAACGAAAGAAUGCUGGAAGUCUGCUGACUCGGAGUCUAGCAGAAGUUGUGAAGAAAGAUGACUUCGUUCUCGACUCAGAGUAUCUCGUCACAUUGCUGGUUGUCGUUCCCAAGUUGAACCACAAUGACUGGAUGAAGCAGUACGAAACGCUGGCUGAGAUGGUGGUUCCACGGUCUAGCAAUGUUCUCUCCGAAGACCAGGAUAGUUACCUCUGUAAUGUCACCUUGUUUAGGAAGGCAGUUGAUGACUUCAGACACAAAGCCAGGGAAAACAAGUUCAUUGUUCGGGACUUCCAGUAUAAUGAAGAGGAGAUGAAAGCAGAUAAAGAGGAAAUGAACAGGCUUUCUACUGACAAGAAAAAGCAGUUUGGACCACUUGUGCGGUGGCUGAAAGUGAAUUUCAGUGAAGCAUUUAUUGCGUGGAUUCAUGUGAAAGCGUUGAGGGUUUUUGUUGAGUCUGUUUUAAGGUAUGGCUUGCCAGUGAACUUCCAAGCAAUGCUACUUCAGCCCAAUAAGAAAACAAUGAAGAAACUAAGAGAAGUAUUAUAUGAAUUGUAUAAACACCUAGAUAGCAGUGCAGCUGCUAUUAUUGAUGCACCUAUGGACAUUCCAGGCUUAAACCUGAGUCAGCAGGAAUACUACCCCUAUGUGUACUACAAGAUUGAUUGCAACUUGCUGGAAUUCAAGUAAAAAUGAGCCCCUCUCAGACAGUCCUGUCCUUGUGUUGGUGUAUGCUAACAGAAAUAGGCUGAAGUAUGACAGUGCUUUUAACUCUAUUACCCUUUGCUUGCUUCUGACCCCCUUUCCUAGGUAAGUUCUCCCGUCGUGGUCCAUUUCUGAACAUUUUCUUUUAAAAGAAAAAUGUAUGUCUUGUUUCUUUUUAUUGAUCAGGUCUGUAAAUGUGUACUAAAAAAAUCAGAGUCUAUUUAUAAACAGAGUAGUUUAUUUAAAGAGGUCUUUCCUCAUCUAUGUUGUGAUAUGCAUAAUUCCAUUUGUUACUGUUGUGCACAAAAGCCUUGUUUACAAGGGAAUGGUGUAAAUGUUUAUGCCAUUUUGUUCACUGUAUUUAGUAGACAUAAUUGUUUAAUAGUUACUGAAUCGUGAUGUAAAGAAAUGUGACAAUAUUCAGAUAUGUGCUUUCUGAAUGUUCCAAAUUGUAAUCUCUGCGCUUCGUUGACACCCACAGGAGAGAAUAAAAUUACCUGUGCAAAGGUG